AUGAACUUUUCGCGACAAGUCGUACUGCUUGCUACCGUUGCGCUGAUUUGCUCGUCGGGGACCUGCGGAGCCGAGGCCACAUGCGCCAACCCGAACGAACGAUGUUUACCGAUCGAGUACUGUUCGCCUACUUUGGCGAGCCCAAACAGGAUUCAUGACACGUUGGACUGGACCAAAAAACUGUGCAAACCGGUGGUGGCAAUCACCGACGGGGAUCACGUGUGCUGCCCGAAGCCAAAGAUCGAGUGCAAUUUGAACGGUGAACCGGGAGCGUGCGUCCGAAAGGCGCGGUGCAAGGCGUUGCGAUCGGAAAAGGAAUCUAGGCUGCUAAAGUCUUACGAAAAGUAUCUUUGCUACACUUACAACGGUCAGAACUACUUUUGCUGUACGGACCCGCACUGUCAGAUGCGCAAGAAGAAAUGUGAUGGCGAUGAUGUCGUAGUGAGGCCCCCAAAAACCCCGCGCAUCGGAUCGGAGUCCGUGUACCCACCGUGCGCCAAAGGAAAGAAGUUGGGUGCUCAGGUGCCGACAGCCUUGUGCACUGGUGGCCAAUCUAAGAAUGAUACGAUGUGCUGUGUGCCACCGAAAGUUCACCCGUUCAUAGUCAAUCCGAAGGCUGCCAAGCUGGCCAACAUGAGUUGCGGAGUGCCAGGCAUGAUACCGAAGAUCGCGAAUGGGACCGCCGUUUUUCGCGGGGAAUUCCCGUGGAUGGUAAGCUUGCUGUACAGACCACGGGCGUCUUCGCUGUGCUCCGGCACGCUGAUUCAUCCGAGGUAUGUGCUAACGGCGAAACACUGCGUUCGUGGUCGCGCGCCCCAUACCGUGCGUCUCGGUACCCUCCGCUUGAGUGGAUCCCGGAGCGGAGAACAGGAUCCCGACGAGCAAGUGAUUGCCGUUAACGCUCGCUACCCACACGAGUGGGCCGAUAUAGCGUUGUUGCGGCUGUCCAAAGAAGCAACGCUCGUGGAAGGCUUGGUACAGCCGAUAUGCUUACCGCUGUAUGCGAAGCUGCUCAUGCACUUGCCCCGUAACGUGAUCAUCGCCGGAUGGGGACUGACGGAAAAUGAGGAGGUCUCGGAGAACCUUCUAAAGGCGGACACUGAGGUUGUGCUGAAAGGGGACGAUUGCGACAAGGACUACGAGGUGUGCACGCGACGGAACAGUGGCACUAUUCACUGUCCCGGUGACUCGGGUGGGCCGUACCAAGGGUUGAGUGACUUCAAUGGUGUCGGUAGAUUCGUCCAGUACGCUGUCAUCUCCCGAGGCUCCAGUUCCUGCCGCGAACCCGAACACUCUGGCAAAGGCGUAAUGAUAGGCUACUUUAUCGACUGGAUCCUACAACACAUUCCUGUGUAA